AUGAAUCCAAAAGAAGUACCAAAUGUCCAAAGUAUUAUGUCUGAUACUGAAAUUGAUUAUAUGUUUAAAAUUGAUUUAGAAGCUCUAAUACACUUAUAUAACUUUUUUACAGAUUACCCUUUAACGCCAAAAAAGCAGACACUUGUGAUAAAGAUGUUUUCUAAGGAAAAAGCUUAUACUAAAAAACUAGAAAAUUAUUGUAAAAGAUAUGAAGAUAAUGAUUUAUAUGCCAGUCUAAAGGAAUUAUAUGAUCUUUAUUAUUAUAUAGUUAAGGAGGAGAAUCAUGAAAGAUCAGAUAAGGAAAUAAAAUAG